CGAGAUGAAUCCGCCGAAGGAGCUUCCGGUUACCUCCACGCCUUACAGCUCUCCCAAAGUUGGGGCUAGUGGCGUCCCUCCAUCCUCCCAGCGCUAGGACCCCUGGGGCUAAGCUCCGGCUGGAGAUGCCCCGCUCCACUACGUGGUGUUUUACCGUGCUGCAGUAUCAUUGGCUGGAGGGGCUCCUGAGACAGUAUUGCCAGCCAAUAGGACGCCACCUUUCUCAAGCGACUGCGUUAUCAGAACCAAUCAGGCGCAGGAUUGCAUUUAACUCUUUAAAGGUGAGUUCGCAGUGCGUGGGAAAGUUGUAAGUAGUAAAAGUGCCACGUCUUGUAAGGAGGAGCCCUGGACUUGCGAGAGGCCGUUGCCCCCGAGCCUUCAGCUUUAACUCUGUGAAGUCGGGGCGCUUUUUCCAGCUCCAGUAGCAUGAGGCUUUUCUUGUGGAACGCAGUCGUGACCCUGUUGGUCACCUCUUUGAGUGGGGCUCUGAUCCCCGAGCCCGAAGUAAAAAUCGAAGUUCUCCAGAAGCCGUUCAUCUGCCAUCGCAAGACCAAAGGAGGGGAUCUGAUGUUGGUUCACUACGAGGGCUACUUAGAAAAGGACGGCUCCCUGUUUCACUCCACCCACAAACAUAACAAUGGUCAGCCUAUUUGGUUUACUCUGGGCAUCCUGGAGGCUCUGAAAGGCUGGGACCAGGGCUUGAAGGGCAUGUGUGUGGGAGAGAAGAGAAAGCUCAUCAUUCCUCCUGCCCUGGGAUAUGGCAAAGAAGGAAAAGGUAAAAUUCCCCCAGAGAGUACACUGAUAUUCAACAUUGACCUCCUGGAGAUUCGAAAUGGACCAAGAUCCCAUGAGUCAUUCCAGGAGAUGGAUCUCAAUGAUGACUGGAAGCUCUCAAAACACGAGGUUAAAGUAUAUUUAAAGAAGGAGUUUGAAAAGCAUGGUGCAGUGGUGAAUGAAAGCCAUCAUGAUGUUUUGGUGGAGGAUAUUUUUGAUAAAGAAGAUGAAGACAAAGACGGAUUUAUAUCUGCCAGAGAAUUUACAUAUCAGCAUGAUGAGUUGUAGAGCUCCACCUGCCCAUUUUAGAUAGCACCAAUCUGUAAAGAGAAAAUGACCAGCUUUUAAAAACAGUUUUACUUUUUGACAAUAUUCUGUUCUUUCUUUAUUUUUAUUUUUAUAUUUUUUAUUAUUUAAAGAACUCCUUAGGGUUUCUAAAUACCCAUUUCUUUCUUAUAAGUUAUUGGGAUGCAACAAUUAAUUUUUUAAUAGAAGUCUUUGGCAUCAUUUCCCACAUUCAUACAGGAAGCCUUUUUAUGCUUGCUUAUAAUUUUAAAAUAUUGCAACUGAGAAUAUGCCACAACAUGAGGCCAAAUGUAGUACCAAUUAACGUCCUGUGUUCUGCUUUUCUGAUACUCUCUGUUUUCUGAGCUACAUAUUGACAUACUUAAGAAGGCUUUUCAGUAGCCCAAGGUUUGCUAUUUUUUAUGUAAUAAUGCAUUCCUCAAUUGCUACUUGCUUUACUAAGGAGCUGUACAUAGACGGACUAAUGACAAAAUUAGUAACUUAUCCAUACAUGCACAUUGAAACAUGCUCCCCAGGAAUUAAGCUAUAAAAUGUUUGGUUUCUGUUAAGAUGUUGUACAAAUCAUUUAUGUGUUUGUUUCAUUGUAACUAAGUGUAUCAAAAUAUUGUAGGUGUGGGAAAGAGUUGUAGUUUUAUUUAUUUAAUGUUUACUUUUUAAGGUGAUCAGGUUAUACUCCUGGUUCUUUAAUGAACAAAGUUACAACUAGUCUUUAUACUACAAUAACAUUACAUGGUAAGAGAAGUUAUCAAGUUUACCAGACUUUGCCCAUUUCUGCUUCAUCAAAAAAAGAGGCAGACCUGAAGCAUCCAUGAUGGAAUAAAUACCUAUCCUGGGUUGGAAAA